CGUAACAAAGAUAUACACAAAAUAUAUUCAAAUUUGGAUUUACGGUAGAAAAACCUGUGCAUUGUGUAAAUUGAUUGCCGGAUUACAUUGUGAUGGUUCUAAGGCUAGUUAAUUAAAAUGACAAAAAUGCAAGAAAAACUAACAUCACUAUUCCGUCCAACAUGUGAGAACCGAUUUGGUUGCUAUCGUUCAGAAGAAGAAGCAAAGAAAGCUAAGCUCAGGAAUAAACAAAUCAGCAAGAUUUUGAAACAACAUCAGAAAGAAGAGCUGAAGAAACUGAAAAUUCUUUUAUUAGGAACUGCAGAAUCUGGAAAAAGCACAAUUACAAAGCAAAUGAAGAUUAUCCAUGGCAAUGGAUUCGAUAUGAGUGAAAGAUUAGGGAAAAUUUCAGACAUUAGGAGAAAUAUUCAGCAAUCUAUUGUGGUUUUAUUAUCAGCCAUGGAUAAGCUGCACAUUCCUCUGGAAGACAUUAGCAAUACGAUCAGUAGGGACUUCAUUCUAAGAGAAGCUGCAAAUCCUACAAGUCACAGACAAAAUGAGUUUUUGGAUCAUGCUGAGAGGCUUUGGGCUGAUGCUGGAGUGCAGGCAUGCUAUAAGAGAUCCCAUGAAUUCCAACUGAUAGACUGUGCUAAAUACUUUCUAGACAAAAUACAUGAGAUCAAGAACCCCGCCUAUAUUCCGUCUGACCAGGAUAUCCUCAGAUGCCGAAGUUUAACAACAGCCAUUCAACAUACUGAAUUCGAGGUCCCUGACGGAGGCCAUCAAGUGAAAUUUGAUGUGUACGAUGUCGGUGGACAACAAGGAGAAAGGAAGAAGUGGAUCCAAGUGUUUGAUAGUGUCACCGCCAUUCUUUUCGUUGUGGACUGCAGCAGUUUCGACCAAACACUUCGAGAGGAUCCUUCCAAAAACAGACUUUUGGAAGCUUUGGAGAAUUUUGAACAAGUUUGGAACAACCGAUUCCUAAAAUAUGUAUCUGUUCUUCUCUUCAUCAACAAAAUUGAUGUUCUUGCUGAGAAAAUUGCCAGAGGUCGAGUUAUCUCGGAGCUUACCAAACUUUAUCCUGAUGUCUUCCCAGACUUUGAGACAUUCACUCCGUCAAAAUCUGACAUCUUGGAAUUCCUUGAAGCUUAUCCAUCAUACAGUAACGAGACCAACAAAAAAUCGAAAUCAGUGUCACAUCUUGAUGCCCACCCUGACACCAUUAAAACUGCAGUGUACAUAAAGCAGUUAUUCAUGAAAAUUGUCCGAGGAGAGUUGCAGCUCAAACAACGUGUCACAAAGCAAACCCUUGACUGGCACGAUGGACACAGUUGUGAAUAUUUCUACACAUGCGCAAUAGAUACAAACAAUGUGCAAAGAGAAGCUAAAAAAGCUAAUCGAAGAAACAAACAGAUCAGUAAGGUUCUAAAACAACAUGAUGACGAGGAACUAAAGAAACUGAAAGUCCUGCUCCUUGGAACUGCAGAAUCCGGAAAAAGCACAAUUAUGAAGCAAAUGAAAAUUAUCCACAAUAAUGGAUUCGAUAGAAGUGAAAGAAUUGAGAAAAUUGCUGACAUCAAAAGGAACAUCAAACACGCCAUUGUGGUAUUAUUAACAGCAAUGAAUGAAUUGGAAAUCCCCCUGGCACAGACAGAAAACGAGAAAAGCAGAAACAAUAUUCUGAGACAAGCAGGAAAUCCUGAAAGUCACAGAAACCAAGAAUUCCUUGGUGACGUCGAGAGACUUUGGGCCGAUGCUGGUGUUCAAGAAUGUUAUAUCAGGGCACAUCAGUUGCAGCUUCUUGAUUGUGCAAAAUAUUUUCUUGAUAAAAUCCCUGAAAUCAAAAGCCCUUCUUAUAUUCCCUCCGAUCAAGAUAUCCUCAGGUGCAGAAGUUUGACAACGUCGAUUCAGCAUACCAAAUUCGAGGUUCCAGAGGGAGGUCAUCAAGUUGAAUUUGAUGUCUACGAUGUCGGAGGUCAGCAAGGAGAACGUAAAAAGUGGAUUCAAGUAUUCAACAAAGCAAAUGCUAUUCUUUUCGUUGUUGACUGUAGCAGUUUUAACCAAACACUCUGUGAGGAUCCUUCGAAGAACCGUCUUCUGGAAGCCUUAGAAAACUUUGAACAAGUUUGGAACAACCGAUUCCUUAAAAAUGUAUCCGUACUCCUUUUCAUCAACAAAAUUGAUGUUUUGGCAGAGAAAAUUUCCCGUGGAUGUGACAUUUCUGAACUUACAAAGAUGUAUCCAGAUAUCUUUCCUGAUUUCAAGAAUUUCAAAACUUUGGAAUCUGAUGUCAUUGAAUUUCUUGAAGCCUACCCGAAGUACAAAUUUUCUUUUGUACAUCCAGAUGUAGUUAAAACAGCUGUCUACAUAAAGCACUUGUUCCAAAAGAUUGUGAAAGGAGAACUUCAAAUUAAGAAUCGUAUUACCAAGCAUGAUGCUGAAUGGCAUAGCAAACAUAGCUGCGAAACCUUCUACACAUGCGCAGUUGAUACCAGCAGUGUCCAAAAGGUCAUGAAUAGCUGUCGCUCUUUGAUCAUUGAGAAUCACUGCAUCAGACAUGGACUUAUCUAAUCUAAUAUCUAGUGUAUAACAAACAUUUCUGAAAGUCUACUGUGAUAAUUACAAUCUUAUUAUUUUUAUGAAGACAUUCCGUCCAGUGUUUAAUUAUGUUUGUCAGAAUCAUGGUGCUGUAGUAUCUCCACAAAUCUUACAUGAAGUAUUUAUUAUUGUUAUGUAUUCAUUUCUUUUAUUCAGAUAUCAUGUUUUACACGUCAACAUGGGCACUGAUUGUCUCAAUAUGUUUUACAUUUUAUUUAUUUAUAGAAUCUUUACACUUUUAUUAUAU